AUCAAACAUUGUCUCUUGACUUUUCUGGACAGAUGAUCUGUGUGUUUUAGAGCGAGAGGGAACCCACGCUUGGCUCUGACAUGGCUCAGCCUCCUGCACCCGAUGCGGUGUCUAAACCCACGCAGCGGGCCGAGUACGAGCGGCUGUGCAGGGACGCGGUGAAGGAGUUUCGCUGGAGGUUCGGGGAGGACCAGAACCCCACCAUUGGAGUGUUCGCCCCGGGCCGUGUCAACCUCAUAGGAGAGCACACCAUAUACAACGAUGGUCGUGUGGUGUCAAUGGCCCUCAACCUAGUGACGGUGAUUCUGGGCCGGCCGUCGCCCAGUGGAUCCAGGAACUGUCGUCUCAUCACAGCGGCCUCCACGGGAGAGACGGGCUACCACGAGUUCCCCGUCCCCCAGUUCCCGAAGGACGAGCCCUGGGAGGUGGAGACGGAAGGACCGUUCUGGGCCACCUACCUGAAGGGAGUCGUGGCUCUCAUGAAUCGCUCGGGGAGCAUCCCUCCGUUCGACGCCAUCAUCGCCACCUCUGUCCCCCUCGGUGGAGGACUCUCAAGCUCCGCAGCUCUCGAGGCGGCGACCUAUCACUUCAUCGAGCAGCUGUGUCCAAGACUGAAGCUAUCUCCGAAAGACGUGGCCAACUUUGCCAGGAAGCUGAGGAGCGCUACGUCCACAAUCACCCUGGCAGCUCAGACAGACUGUCAUACCAAAGAGGUGUCCAGUAUUCCAUUUCCCGAUGACGAUGUGGUUGUCCUGGUCACCAACUCCAACUACCGGCGGAGCCAGGCCGACACGGAGCUGGAGGAGAGACGAAAGACGUGUGCAGCUGCCGCCCGGAAACUGGGCAAGAAGAGACUCGGAGAGCUCACUGUCGAGGAACUUGAGGCUGGGAAGGGUGUUCUGGAGCCAGUGGAGUACUCGCGAGCCAGACACGUGGUGACAGAGAUCCAGAGAACCUCAGACGCUGUCCGCGCACUCACUGACGGAGACUACCUCAAGUUUGGACAACUCAUGACCGCCAGCCACAAGUCACUCAGGGACGAUUAUGAGGUGACGUGUGUGGAGCUGGAGAAGCUGGUGAGUCUGGCACGGCAAGAGAAAGACGGAGUGUUAGGAGCCUGCAUGACUGGAGGAGGCUUCGGAGGAAUAGAUGCCAUAGCUAGAAUAACCAUCGGAAACGAGUCGUACCAGUGUAAGGCAAAGGACAUGCGGAGUGAGGAUGAGCUGGGACGAGGUGCCUUCGGAGCUGUCUACAGAAUGAGGCACAGGAAGAAGGGAACAGUCAUGGCUGUCAAGAAAAUCAGAGCGACUAUUGACAACGACGAACGAAGACGUCUUAUGAUGGACGUCAACGUUGCGUGCAAAAGUCUCGACUGUCCUUACACCGUCACCUUCUAUGGCUCAUUAUUUCAUGACGGAGAUGUAUGGAUAUUCAUGGAGCUAAUGGACCGCUGUCUCGACCAGCUGUACAAACUGGUCUACGAAAAACUGAAACUCACAAUUCCCGAGGCUGUAGUCGGCAAGAUGGCUGAAUCAACUAUCAAGGCACUCCAUUUCUUGAAGUCCACUCUCAACGUUCUCCACAGAGACGUGAAGCCGUCCAACAUUCUGAUCAACAGGAGUGGGCAGGUGAAGCUCUGCGACUUUGGCAUCGCUGCCGAGACAAUCAACUCUUUCACCAAGACCAACAUCGGCAGCAAACCUUACCUCGCGCCAGAGAGGAUAAAUCCGACAGACAAUCCUUCGUUUGACCAGAGAUCAGACGUAUGGAGCUUUGGAAUCACUUUUUUUGAGCUGGCGGUGGGCCAGUUUCCCUACCCGUUCCCCAAAGACGUGGACAUCUUCAAACAGCUGGAGCUGGUGGUGAAAGGGAGGCCACCUCGCGUGCCUGACUCCGCCCCCGUGUCGCCUGAGCUCAGGAGCUUCAUUCACAGAUGUCUAACAAAAGAAGUGUCAAACAGACCCAAGUUCCACCAGCUACUAGACGACCCAUUCAUCAAGAGAACUGAAACUGAAGACACUGACAUUGGGCCCUGGUUUAGGGACAUCCUCGAGAGAGAGGCGUCUUUAUAGUUUUACCAACUAGCACAAAUUGUCUUUGUUCAGUGCGUGUGUGUAAUUUUAUGGAUAAUGUGUCAAUUUCCGACAAAUCAUCAAUU